AUGGUGUCUACGGCGUGUCUUCUCCCGACGGUGACGAUCUUGUUGUUGGCGGUGGCGCUGGUAUCCGCUGCGAAUGACGAUUUCAAUAUCGAGCUGAAGCAAAAGGAUGCCGAAGUGUAUCACGAGCAGAGCUUUGGAAGAAACGAGUUCAAUUAUGGCUAUCAGGUGGAGAAGACAAACAGCCAGUUCCAGCACAAAGCCAAGGGCCCGGACGAUGUAACGUACGGUUGCUACGGCUACAUCGAUCCGGACGGUGAGAAGCACCUCGUGUACUACAUCGCGGAUCGGCUCGGCUAUCGGCUGCUGGCACCGGACCAGCCAACGAAAGUGUUCACCGAUCGUGUCGCGAACAGUGUCAACAAACUGGACGCCGACCUGCAGGGAAGAAAGCUGGACGAGAAGGUGGUCGCCUGGAACGAUCUCUACCUUCCCUCGACCUGCCGGCGAUUGAACGAAAUCGUCAGCAUUACGCCACCACCGACUCCAACAGUUGUGCCCGUCACAACCCCUCGUAAUGGAGCAGGUGUGGUGAUAGAUCCAAUCACCCCAGCUAGACCACAAGGUCCAAAGGAACCAAUAAUCGGAAGACCUUCGACUGGGGGGAAUAGGAAUGACCGUUUCAAUGGCGCUCCCGGUGAACCUAACCUUGGUGGUGAUAGCUCGGGAACUGGCAACGUCCAAGUACCGAUUGUGGACGAGUCCAGCCAAGGAAAGUCAACGAAUGAAGGGCGUGUUCCUAGCACGGAGACACCACAGACUCCUUCCAACAACGGAUUUGGGGUUACGAAAGCUCCUGGAGAUGAAGCAGGAGUUAAUCUUAAGGAUCCAAGAGUUCCGCCUAACAAUGGAGUUGGAGGAGGUAUUGGAGGAGGAGUGCCUUCGGGACCGGUCGAUCUACCAAGGAAUGACAAUUUUGGAACACCUCAACCACCGACCCAACGCCCUGUAAGACACGAGGUGACUAGAACUCCUCUCCCUCCCACACCCGAGCCUACCCCCGCUCCGCAACAAAUUGAUCCGAUAGUAAUUGAUCCACUGCCGGAAGCAACAUACCCACAACCCGGUCCGAUCGAAACCCACCACCCGCAGUGUGGCCAACAACUCCCGACCACCGGUCCCUUCCCCUCAAGUCCCAAGUACCCUGCGUCGAUCGGUCAGUUCAAUGGGUUCGUGUUCCCGAUCAACCGCGACUGCGAUGCCAGCGGACGCAGCACGGCCGAUCUGCUCGCCCAGAUGCAGGCCAUCAACGAGUUGGUGCUGAAGGUGAGCAGCACUCUUCGCGAGCAGACCGGCGGUGACGCGCCAGAUCGUAACGCCACCUGCCAGCGGGUGCUGGAGCUGCUCAACGUCCAGCAGCCCGUUCCGCUACUGGUGUACGUGCCCAUCAUGAUACCUUACCUUGACGGUGGCAUUCAGGCGGGCGCGGGCGCACAAAAGCCUCCAAUUAACCCGGCGAGUUACGCGUACGCCAAGUCGUGUAGUGAUUGUAAAUAG